UCACAAAUGAACAUUGAACACGUCAAAAUUAGUUUUUUUGCUGUAGCGACGGACGAAACGAAAAGAUGUUUUGAAAAUGUAUUUGUUGACAAUUACGCUGUUUUGGAGUGCCUAGAAUUUUCUCGGGACAUUUGCUAAUUAACUUUUAGUGUUCGGGUGAAAUUCGUAUCAAUGAAGAUGAAGGCGAUUCUAGCGACUGUGAUCAGUCUGGCGCUUACGACCGUGGUUAUAGGCAAUGCCUACUACCAGAAGAAACAGUUUUAUCCAUCGAUAGUUUAUCUAACUAAUUCCAAUCCUAGUAUGGCUGUAAUGUACUUGCAAGCAUUCAUUUUAGUUUUAUUAGUAGGAAAAAUAUUGAGAAAAAUAUUUUUCGGACAACUACGACCCGCUGAAUUUGAGCACUUGAUAGAAAGGUCUUGGUAUGCAAUAACGGAGACAUGUUUGGCUUUCACUGUGUUCCGGGACGACUUCAACCCCAAAUUUAUAGCACUGUUUACUUUGCUGCUGUUUUUGAAAGCAUUCCACUGGCUCGCAGAGGACAGGGUUGAUUAUAUGGAAAGGAGUCCAGUCAUAGGAUGGCUGUUCCACUUAAGGAUACUGAGUCUUCUAAUGCUUCUAGCUCAAGCUGAUAUGUACUUCAUCCAUCAUGCAUAUCAGGUCACGUCAUCAAAAGGCCCAUCUGUGCAAUUGGUGUUUGGCUUUGAAUACAGCAUAUUGAUCAUCAUGAUUGUCAACAUUUUGAUCAAGUACGUGCUCCACGCAAUCGACUCGCGGUGGGAGGCGCCGUGGGAGAGCAAGGCGGCGGUGCUGUUGUACACGGAGCUGGCCAUCAACUUCCUCAAGGUGCUGCUCUACUUCGGCUUCGUCGCCGUCAUGGUGCGCAUCUACACGCUGCCGCUCUUCGCGUUCCGGCCCAUGUAUGAGACUCUUAGGAGUUUCAAGAAGGCGUACAACGACGUGGUGCUGUCUCGGCGCGCCAUCCGCAACAUGAACACGCUGUACCCAGACGCCACGCCCGCCGAGCUCGCCGCCGCCGACAACGAGUGCAUCAUCUGCCGCGAGGAGAUGCACACUGGUGCGAAAAAGCUGCCGUGCAACCACAUAUUCCACGCGGCGUGCCUGCGGCUGUGGUUCCAGCGGCAGCAGACGUGCCCCACGUGCCGCCUCAACGUGCUGCGCGCGCCCGCGCCCGAGCCCGCCGCCGCGCCGCACGCGCCCCACGCGCCACACGCAGCCCACGCCGCCCACGCCGCGCACGCCGCCCACCCCGCACACGUCGCGCCGCCGCAGCAGCCCAUGCCGCAGCCGCCGCCCUUCCCCAACAUGCCGCCGCCACCGAUGAUGGCCUGGGGCGUGCCGCCGCCGCCGCCGCCGCGGCCGGCUAACCUCGCGAACCUGUCUACAGCCGAGCUGCUGCGAAUGGAAGGCACCGAACGUAGGAAUAUCGAAGCUCGUCUUCAGCUGCUCCGCGAGAUCCAGUCGAUGUUGGACGCGUCGGUGCUGCUGAUGCAGCAGUAUUCCGCCGUGGUGGCCAACCUGCCGCAGAACUGCGCCAACGUCGCCACGCAGACCGAUAUAUUUCGAACAGAGCCGUCUCCCUCCCCGUCGCCGGUGAAGGUGAAGUCGGAGCCCGACGUGGUGCCCAGCACCGCCAGCGUCCCCAGCACGUCCCGGCCCUCCACCAGCACGGCGCUCCACGACACCCCGCCGGACUCCACCACUGACGCUUUAGACACUAAUAGAGAUAAGACUGAUGCUGACGCCGAGGAGCUCAGAAGACGCAGACUGCAGAAAUUCACAAUGGAAAAUUGAGCUUGUUAAACAAUACUUUCGUUCCACUUUCCAAACUAACUAUUUAAUGUACAAAGUGUUUCGGUAUGUGUAAGCAUUGUGUAUUCUAACCUAAAGUAAAGUGUAUUUAUGUUCUUGUAAAUAUAAAGGGAUACACACAUGAAUACAAUA